ACGUGAUUAAUCUUGGGUCACGUGGUUGUGAGUCAGCAGCAUGGAGGCAGAAGUUGUCAUUUCUAAAAACGGCAGCUGAUGUUUUAUAUCCUUGGGAGAGAACGUUCUAACUAGCUGCUUUGCUAGCAUUGUACUAACCUUCCUCCGUUUUUCUCUUGCGUCUUGGGUAGUUUAUAGUAAGCUGUGGGAUAGCGGAAACGCGAUGGAGUGGUUCGGUAGUGGAACUGCCGUAUUAUCUGAAGAAGGCAGUGGCAGUGUAUCGGGAUCAAAAAGCUUCCAGAGUUCGCUACUGCAACACCAGCAGCCGACGGCAGACAGCAUGGCAUCACUGUGUCAGAGCCAGCAGCAGUGUGUGAAGGCCUCCAUCCUGUCCAACUGGCAGUUGGUUGAGGCACAAGACCAGCUCUGUGGGCUGGAGCUCCAUGGCUCAGAGUCGCUGGAACAGGAGCGUGCCCGUGUCCUCACCAGCGUGGCUGAGCUCUCGCAGACUGAGUGUGAGUGGCGUCGCAAGGAGAGCAUGCUGGAAAACCAGGACCUCCGCUGGAGUCCUGUGCCCAACCCAGAUUGCAACAGGGAUGUCUUUAACAAGAGUAUUAUCAAUGUUCAGAGUAGAAGCAUAGAAGUGGAACAGGACAAGAGUAAGACCUUUGUUCAGAAUUAUGAGCAGGAGUUGAGGCAUUUUGGUAUGUUGCGACGUUGGGAUGACAGCCAGCGAUUCCUAUCUGAUCGGCCCCACCUUAUCUGCGAGGAGACGGCCAAUUACCUGAUCUUGUGGUGCUUCCGGCUGCAGGCUGAAGAGAAAGAAGCUUUGAUGGAACAGGUUGCACACCAAGCUGUCGUCAUGCAGUUUAUUCUGGAGAUGGCCCGAAAUUCCCAGCAGGACCCACGUGGUUGUUUCCGGCAAUUCUUCCAGAAGGCCAGAACGAGACAAGACGGUUAUUUCGAUGUCUUCCGAAUGGAGCUGGAAGCCUUCAAGCAAAGGGUGAAGGACUACACUGUCAAGUGUAAAGGGGAGAGUCUGAACAACGUGGAGCACCAAAAAGCCCCAAACCGCUGCCGCCUGGACCCCAAAGAAGUCCUGGAAUCCUUACCUCCCGAGCUAAGGAGGGGCUUCCAAUUACAAAACGUGCAGAUCCUACAGAAUGUUCUCAGCACUAUGAAUCCACAGGUGGCAGAGUACCAUGUGAAGCGUUGCUUGGAUGCAGGUUUAUGGAGCAACACAGCGCGAGGGCUGAAAGAGGACGCCAUGGAAACAGACGAGCCCAGACGGAUGGAAACCUCGUAGCAGCUCCUCCUCCUCUAACGAAUUUCAUUCAGAUGGGAAAGUGAAAAGCCCGGUAGAGCGGACGACCCACAGACUAUUUUUGUAUGAAGAUUCCGCGUCUGGAUGUGUGCUGCACUUUAUAUUUGUUCUCGAAAGUAUUUAAAAAAAGAAAAUGGUAUCGUGGAGCUCUUAUUUUUGUUGAAAGUGGUUUCUGAUCAUGAUUACUUCUUUGGAGAGUGGACAGAGGGGUUCUGUGGGUGGGUUUGAGGCAGUAGAUGUUUGAUCUGUUGGAUCCUGAAAAAGAUGGAUUGGAUUCUUGGAUUGCAGGUGGCUGGGAAGAGCUGCUUGUUUCCGCUUUCAUCUCACAACUUUAGGAUGCUGAAGGGAAUUAGCUAGCUAAUUAAGUCUUAGCCUCACAUAAGCUUAGCACAGAUGCCAAAUACCCUUGCUGGAGAAAAAUCAAUAAAGUAUUUGUUGUUUUCAGUUUUUUUUAACCACAGGUUGUUAUUUUCAUGAACAUUUGUUUAAGGUUAUCACUAUUCUUCUGAAAGUUGCUUGUACCAGUAGCCUUGAUCUCUGUUGUACACUUAAUGUAGUAUUCCAGAGUAAGCGCUGAAUUUUUCUCCAAGAUAGCUGCCGGGGCACACAUGGCCAAAGAUUAUAGAACCAAUUCUGACUGGCUGAGGUUAGUGCUGCAUCACCAGAGUGGGCGGGACCUGAAUGGGCUACUCUGUGAUGCCAUAUCAACAAAGUAAUAAUUUACUUUGGCAUAAGGUUAAUAAGGUGUACUCAGAAGUGCUCUUAGCCCUGUGUUAUAUUUAGCAGUGUGCAGUGCUACAUGAACCUAUGCAAAGUGUUCAGUGUGUGAAGAUUGUCUUGUUGAGGAGAUAUUUUAGAUAUUUGUUAUUUUAGUAAGUGUUGAGGCUGUAGAUAUGGAGGUACCUUUCAAGAGAAAAGUGGGUUUUAAUGUUAAAGCACCAUCACAUUUUUAUUAUGAAUGUGCUUUGUCACACAAGGCUUUUUUGCUGAAACAAACUGCAUGUUGAAACCAAUCAGUAACUAAUGAAACUGCUUUCAAGAAAGCGCUCUUAAUUACUGUUAUAGCAAUUAAAAUGGCUCUUCUCGCAAA